GGAAAAUCCACACCAAGAAAGCCUCUAUUCUGCAAGGCAAGGGUUCCAUUCUAUCCAGGAGCCCAGCCAAGACAGCUUUCGUGGCCUACCACCUAGUUUUUACCAGGCACCCAUCCAAAGCCAGUUAUCACCAACAAAAACCCAGGACAGCCGCGAAACCUCUCCUAUGAGUGUCCCUAAUUUCCCAUCCGUUUCCUCUAUGUGUCAACCAACCAUGUUUAACUACGAGCGUCCAAAACACUUUAUCCAGUCUAAGAAUGUGUGCCAAGGGCAAGAGCAGCCUCCGGGACCCGCAGCCUCUACAGAGUCAAGCAGACAACUCAAACAAUCCUCCAUCCUAAUACAGCCUCGUAACCCCAGCGGGCAGAAAUUCUCCUCCUCGUCAUCGCUGAGCUCUUCAAUCACGCUCUCCUCGCCUUCCUGUAGUGCCCCUAAGGAAUCCACAUAUCCCGUCACUCCUGCAUCUGCGCAGUCUCCUGCUAGCUCCUCAUCCGGGCAACGGCUUAUAUCCAUGCCUAACCAACCCCCCGCAGCAUUCCUGUGCUCAGUGCUACCCUCGCAGCCCGACUAUAACAGCCAAACUCCUUCUCCUAUGGAACCUCAUUACUCACAACCAAUGUAUAACAAACAAGCUAGCAUCAACUCCAUGCAGAAGACAUCAGACCAUGAAAUUCGAGGAACAAAAGAAGCCCUCAUUCAGGACUUGGAAAAGAAACUCCGAUGCAAAGACAACCUUCUCCAAAAUGGCAACCAGCGAUUAACUUAUGAAGAAAGAAUGGCUCGAAGGCUGCUCGGACCAGUAAAUGCUGCAUCCGUGUUGGAAACACAAAGUGAAGACAACAUGCAGAACACACAGAAUGCAGAAAACAUCAGGCUGCAGGUUCCUACAACACACGUAAGGAGCAGACCAUCCUCAAGAGGAGAUGAACGUGGACAUGACUCAAUCCAGGAGAAGUUUUUCCAGCCACGUUUUACACAAGUGCCUGAAGACGUAAUUAUUGAGGAGGGACGAUUCUGCAGGCUCGACUUCAAAGUUAGUGGGCUGCCAACUCCAGAUGUGAUGUGGUAUCAGAAUGGAAGGAUGGUUCAUCAAGAUCAGUUCCACAAAAUGAUAGUGUCAGAAAAGGGUUUCCACUCAUUUAUUUUUGAAGCAGUCAAAUCAUCUGAUGCAGGGACAUACGAAUGUGUGGCUGUCAACCGUGCAGGAGAAGCAUCUUUCGCAGUAAAAGUGGAAGUAAUUGCAAAAGAACAUCACACGCCUCCAACUUUCAUCUUCAAGCCACAGAGCAAAAAGGUUUUUGAAGGAGAUACAGCCAGACUUGAAUGCCAGAUCUCUGCUAUCCCAACACCCAGGAUUUACUGGAAAAGAAACAACGAAAUGGUACAAUAUAAUACAGACCGAAUAAGCUUGUUACAUGACAAUACUGGAAGGAUUUGCCUCCUGAUUCAUAAUGCAAACAAGAAAGAUGCUGGCUGGUACACCGUGUCUGCUGUCAACGGAGCAGGAGUGGCCACAUGCCACGCCAGGCUAGAGGUUGCAACACAUACAAACAAACCAGUUCCAGCCCCAAAGCAGUUACGGGUUCGACCAACUUUUAGCAAGUAUUUGGCGCUUAAUGGAAGAGGACUGGAUGUGAAACAAGCUUUCUCACCAGAAGGAGAGUUUCAGCGCUUGGCUGAGCAGUCUGGACUGUAUGAAAGUGACGAACUUUAACUGGAAAUGAAGAGGAAAUCUCACGCCUGUAAGAGACAAUUACAACAUAGAUGCAGUUAACUGGUGAUUGCUCUAAUUAGCAAAAUACCUAUCUACAGACUUUGACUCUCGCACAUUCAGCUGUUCCCAUUUUACCAUGUUAGAUUUUAUUUAUACGGUUUGGUGACUAUAACCAUUUACUGAGUAUUGUAUUUUAACUAUAAAGCCUCAGAAAGCAGGCUAAUUAGUCUGUACAAGUGUGGGUGGGUUUAGUUCCACCUGUGCUUGGUUACAUGCUGAAGUAGGUUGGUUUGUACUGCUGCUCUAAUAUCACUCUUGAUAGUAUCAGAAGUCUGUACUAUCUGGAUACUAAAACCAAAUAGACUAGAGUGUUUUUAUGAGAAUAAAAUAGAGGCAAAUAAAACUUUGAA